AUGCUCUCGGCGCACAUGUCAUUCCAAGCGUGGCAUUUUUGCGGUUCAAGUCGUCUCGACGCUGGGUUUACGAACGACCCCUCUUUAGUGCUAUCAUGGCGACGCAAUGCGAUGAUGCGCUGGUGGAACGCCACGGAACCGCUUCCGUGUGGCUACGAGACGCUGGCGUCUGGCUCAGCAGCAGGCGGAUCAGGAACCAUGGAGGAGGACGCGCAGCAGAGCAUGAACAUGGGCGCCCCCAGGGCCGACCAAGCGGCGACGGGGACAGGCUGGGCCGACAAGAGCCCGAAGCUGCGGGCAGGACGAGCCGCGCCGUCAGCACGGUUACCGAAGUUGCGCGACCAGCGCGACGCCUCCGAGGAUACCGACCAGACGAUCUUCUUUGUGGUGGACGAUGACGAGACUAGCCCGACUUCGCUGGAUCAGAAGCGCACUGCUACGGAGACCGACAUCAGCAAGACGAUUCGUGGUGACCGGUUGGAGGUCGACGGGGGUCACCAGCAGCGCAAGACCGUAGCAGGUAACGAGCGCCGAUGGGCGGCGAACGCCCAGAAGCUCGUUAUUGGUGAUCUUCGGAUUCAACGCAAUUCUUGGCAGACCGUCUACACCUACAACGACAUCGACACCAAAAUGCCCGCCUCGGUGGCUUCCAGCCACGGCGGCCAAUCGUCCAAGAUGAUGCAUUCUGUUACGUGCAAGGUUGACUGCAAGGCCGACGUCACCAAUCGAGACUGCAGCCGCAAUGUUCGUGCCAUUCUGAGUUUUGCAGCGGCCUGCGCGGAGGCAGGGCGACUAGCGCUGGGGUGGCUUGCGCUGCGAGCCAUUGUUCAGCCUGGGGCUGAUGGGGAUCCACUCGCAGCAGGACGUCACGGGCACCGCCCCAGACAGCACUACCCAGACGAGCUACUUGGGCCCGCUCGUGAGUGGCCGCCACGUCGGCCGCAUCAUCGGCGACAACGGGCCCGCCGUAACGACCCUCGAGGCGGACUCCCAGAGGCGCGGCCGAG